ACCUUAACCUGUCAUGUUCACAUAAAAUUAAAUUAGCAUUGUUUAGUUCUCUGGAUCAAAGCUGUGAUAUGUCAGAGAGGGAUUACGGAUAAUUCAUCUUGUUUGGCACAUUAAUGAAAUUGCAUUGUUGGAUACCAUCAUAAUAAAAUAGAUGUAAAUGUAUUUCCGGUCUCGGGACUUAUCCGUCUUCCGCCCUGAUGCCCUUGUAGCUAUGGAAACUCGUCAAUGGCAACAUCCACCAGCCUGUUCACCCGUUUUGACCAGGGGCACCGAGUGUGAUAGCUAGCUAGCUGGCUUUAUGUGUGCCAGAAUUACCGAUCCAUUACCAAGGUUUCAAGAUGGCGUUACAACGACUGACGGCUGUGUUCAUCCUUUACUCGAUUCUCGGCUACAUUCCAUCACGUGGAGUAAUCCUCCGAACCACAGACAAGACUGUGUGGGCAAAUGAAUUUGAACCUAUUGAGUUGACCUGCUUGAUAGAGUCCAUCUCAACAAACAACCCCAGAAUCGAAUGGAAGAAAAUCAAAAACGGUGUCCCUAGUUAUGUGUACUUUCAAAAUCAAAUUUCGGGGGACUUGGAGCACAGAGCCCAGCUGAUCCAGCCGGCUAACCUACUGAUCCUCAACACCAGCCGUGCAGACACUGCAGAGUACCGCUGUGAGGUCGCUGCCAUUGAUGACCACAAACACUUUGAUGAAAUUCUAAUCAGUCUUGCUGUCAGGGUAAAGCCUGUGGUGCCCAGGUGCAGUGUGCCUGUGGCAGUGACUGUUGGCACGUCCUCUGAGCUGCGCUGCCUAGAGAACGAGGGCUUCCCUGCCUCACAGUACCGCUGGUUCCGCAACAACGAGGAGCUUCCCCAGGACCCAAAGAGCAGCCCCAAGUUCAUCAACUCCACCUACUCCAUUAAUGCUGACACGGGUGGUCUGAAAUUCCGCAGGAUGAGGAAGGAGGAUGCGGGGGAGUAUUACUGCCAGGCAAAGAAUGAAGCUGGACAUGCACAGUGUCCCGCACAGCUGAUGGAAGUCUAUGAUGUCGACAUAGUGGGGAUUUUUCUGAAGGUGUUGGCGGCAUUGGCCGGAUUCACUAUUGUGAUGGUGGGGGUUUAUCAUGCACACAAACAUGGCUGCUUCUCCUCCGGCAAGGAUCACACAGGAACCAACUACAAACCGCCAGCGGCAGAUGAUGGUGUUGAAUAUGCCGAAGCAGAUGAGGGUCACUUCCGGCACAAAUCAUCAUUUAUAAUUUGAAAUCUGAGAUAGAUGACCGUCAAGAGGGGAAACACUGAAGAGGAGACACACUGAAGAGGAGACACACUGAAGAGAAGACACACUGAAGAGGAGACACACUGAAGAGGAGACACACUGAAGAGAAGACACACUGAAGAGGAGACACACUGAAGAGGAGACAAACUGAAGUCAAAAGUGCAUCAAAUCCCAUAAUAGGGCUUCGUGUGAGAAAUUUGAGCUGUAACAUUGCACAUUCUUUUUUGGUGCGCAUCAACAAUUAACCUACAAGCUUGCCAAAGUUAUCAUAAUGAAAAAGAUCAAUCAUUAUUUCAAAAUUUCUGAUAGGCAAUUGCAACGUCAUGUCCCUGUUAGUACACUGUUUACUUUUUUUGUAGCACAAAUAUGUUUUUCCUCAGUCGUUAAUGUAACUACAACUACAGUACGAUUUUAAAGCUUUGACAUUUGAACUUCCACUAACAUGUUCAUCUAAACUGAUGCUGGAACAUUCCCCCAUACUGUUUUUGGACAAUGAUUUUUGACUUCCAAACAUUUCUACAAAAUAUACCAAGCCUGUUUUACAAAAACAGCCUUGCAUAGCCUCUGAAUGCAAGAUGGACUGGUUUAUGUUAUUAUGAAGGAAGGUUGUGUCAAUAUAUUUGUUAAUAUAUAUACACUACCGUUCAAAAGUUUGGGGUCACUUAGAAAUGUUCUUGUUUUUGAAAGAAAAGCACAUU